UCCAGGAGAGAAAGCCCUAAAAAAUGGAUCAAGAACAGUACUCGAAACCACUUCUCAAGUCUACUCUUACAAUCCCAAAAUCGAAACACAUAUUGGAGUUUGAUAUACAUGAUAUUUUUGCAGAAUUGAAGCUUCAGCUGAUGUUAGCUGGACCUUUUAUUGUGGUUAGUUUUCUUCAGUAUAGUUUUCUACUAACAUCGCUCAUGUUCAUAGGCCAUCUUGGAGAGCUCACCCUUUCUGGUGCGUCGUUGGCCACUUCGUUUGCCGGUGUCACCGGUUUCUGCUUCAUGAUGGGCAUUGGGGGUGCACUGGAAACAUUAUGUGGGCAAGCUUACGGUGCAAAACAGUAUCAAAUGCUUGGUGUACACAUGCAGAGAGCUAUGGUAGUACUAAUGCUAAUGGGCAUACCAAUUUCUAUCAUUUGGGCAUUCACAGGACAAAUGUUUACAAUAUUUGGACUGGAUUUGGAUAUCUCAAAAGAAGCUGGAAACUAUGCGCAUUGGCUGAUCCCAAGCAUCUUUCCAUACGGUUUACUUCAGUGCCAGAUCAGAUUCUUGCAGACUCAAAAUAACCUGAAACCAUUGAUGAUAAGCACGGGUUUUGCGAGCUUAUUUCAUGUUGGGUGUUGUUGGAUCUUGGUUUCAAAAUUUGGGUUUGGUAGUUCGGGUGCUGCUCUAUCAGUUGCCAUCUCGUACGGGGUUAAUGUGGUUAUUUUAUGUAUGUAUAUCAAGGUGUCACGUACGUGUGAAAGAACAUGGGUCGGGUUUUCUAAAGAGGGUGUUCGUGAUCUUGGGGGGUUUCUUGCUUUAGGCAUACCUUCGGCUCUCAUGGUCUGCCUGGAGCAUUGGACUUAUGAGUUUUUAGUUUUACUCUCUGGAUUUCUUCCAAAUCCAAAGCUAGAGACAUCGAUGAUGUCUAUCAGCCUAAGUACGAUUUCAUUGGCCUACAGAAUUCCCUUUGGCUUUGGGAACACAGUGAGCACAAGAGUUUCAAAUGAACUUGGGGCAGGAAAACACGAAUAUGCAAAAAUAGCAGUAUGGGUGGCCUUAUCACUAGUCAUCACAGAAGUACUAGUUAUUGGCCUGGUUCUAGUGGCAGCCCGUAGAGUUUGGGCAAAUUUGUACACGAAUGAAGCUGAAGUCGUUAGUUAUGUAUCAUUAGUUAUGCCGGUGCUAGCUAUAUCUAACGUCAUGGAUGGACUUCAAGGUGUAUUAUCAGGUGUUGUGAGAGGGUGCGGUUGGCAGAAAAUGGGCACGUUGGUAAAUCUAGGAGCUUACUACCUUGUCGGUCUUCCUAGUGCCGUCAUUUUAACAUUUGUUUACAAUCUAGGAGGCAAGGGUUUGUGGAUCGGGAUCAUUUGUGGGAGUGGGGUUCAUGCGUUGUCGCUUUUAGUAAUCACAACACGAACAAACUGGGUACUAGAAGCGAAAAAGGCGAUGAAUAGGGUGCAUUCUAGCACCAUUACGCUGACCACUGUGUCAUGA